AUGCUCUUCUGGUUCGACGACGGACCUGGAACGAGAAAGGCUUCGACAACUCUGCGCUCGGCUACCACCAUCUUGCCGAUGUUCUUUGCUUCGACUCUCUUCGUUCUUGUGAUGCUUGGACAGGUUAACUGCGAGUACAAUGGCCCCAUUGGAUUCUACGAUCACACACUGAAGGAUGGUCAAGUCACGCUCGCUGCUGGUUCCGUUACUGUCGACAAAGGCAACAUCAAAAAGUACCUGGAGCGCGAUGGAUCCUGUGAGGCUAGAAUCAAUGACGCGGGAAAUAUGUGAGUUUCUACAUGU